AUGUUCACUGGUAAGGAGAUGCAAGAAUUUGCCACUGAUUAUCGAAUAAAAUUAUUGACCUCUACACCUUAUUAUGCUCAGGCCAAUGGCCAAGUUGAAUCUUCUAAUAAAAUUAUCAUCAACAUAGUUCAAAAAAUGUUGGAAGAAAAUCCAAAGGAUUGGCAUCGAAUUUUAUCAGAAGCACUCUGGGCGUAUCGCACCUCUAGGCGAAAUGCUACUGGAGUAAGUCCAUUUAUGCUAACCUAUGGUCAUGAUGCAGUGUUACCCAUGGAGGUGGUGGUGAGGUUAUUGAGAGUAGCUAAGCAGAAUCAUUUGACUCCAGAAGAUUACAAUGAAACCAUGAUGAUGGAGUUAGAAAAUCUAGAAGAAGGGAGACUUCAGGCUUUAAACAAUAUGAUUAUACAGAAGAAGAAAGUCUCCAUAAGCUACAACAAGAAAUUGAUCUUACCCCCUGGUACUAAAGAUAGAGAAUAUGGGAAAUGGUCUACUAAUUGGGAAGGGCCAUUCUUAGUCCACAAGGUGAUGAAGGGGAAUGCGUACUGGCUAUCAAGUCUAGAGGGUGAGCCUCAUAAAAAAUUUAUUAAUGGAAAGUACUUGAAGAAAUACACUCCCACCAUCUGGGAGAAAUACAACUUAGAAAUGACUUAA